AUGACAGAGAACGACUGCGAGGGCAAUCCUUCUCCUCCUGUCCCAGUGGUAUCGCUCUGUGUCUCAACGUCUCCUCAAGCGCGGGCGAAGCGAAAAAUUGCCGCCCUCAUGGAGGAGGUCGAAAUCUUGAAGCAAGACAAAGCGACAAAGCAAAGGAAAACGAUCUACUAUGUUUCGCAGGGACGAGCACUUCGUAGGAUGGUUGUCCUGUACACUCCAAUAGAGGACCUGGUUGCCGAGAAUGACCGGCGUUGUGAAGACAUGGACGGCGGUAAUACAAUUGAGCAAAACCGCCUUCAACGCAGAUACAUCGAACUUGCCAAGGUAUUGCCGUGGUUUCAUGAGAAGCUGGCAGGUCUUGAUUUCGAGGAGUCGGAAGAUAUGCUUCGCAAGCUCAAGCGAGGCGCAGAUUCAGCUCGCGGUGAUGACACGGGCACUCUGAAAGAGCUCGUGGCAUCAUGGGUCAACAUCGAGUGUCGCCCGGAUUCGCUCAUCAGAAACAGACGACAAGCACCAUCAAGGAUUCACUACUCUGCCCAGCGGAAUGGCGCUGGGAGGACCCAGUGUAAGGAUAGUCCUCGUCACUCAGGUGUUACUGAUGUGUUAUCUAGCGUCAAGGCUGGCAUUCGUGAUCGUACAACUACUUUCAUCGUUUCUGAAAACUCAUGGCCGUCAUUCAUGUAUGAAAAUUAUGAAGCUGACAUUGAGAAUCUGGAGUGUGGCCUUUUCAAGUCUAGGCUGUUGGUUAUGGGCUUCAAAGCCAUCUUCACUUCUCCUUCCUCUGCAAACGAAGUGGAUGGCGAUGGCGAUGGCGCUGAUAUCAUCGAGAACAACCGACGCGCUCGGAGACGUUCAGAUCACGCCAGAGUGAAGACCUGUGUCGCCUCCAUCAUUGGUAUGAGGAAGGCAACUCCUCGCGCAAUCGCGUAUACAGCUUGCCAAAUCCGAUUCGCGCUUUCUAAUAUCACCUCCUGGCGUACCGUAGAUGCAGAUUUCGACUAUCAAAUACUUUUUGAGGAUCCCCCAGGUCCAGCUGCGCUAGCCAGGGUGAACAAGCUUCUCGACUGGUGGACCAGGAAAAUUUUCGGAAGAAAUCAUCGACAGGACCUAACGUCGGAUGUUGUCAAGCACAUGUCUGUCAAUAGUCUUGCUGCUCAGAGACAGCAGAUGGAGGAUGCCUCAUUCGACUCCGACUAG